AUGAUCAAUACCCUGAGUCUGCUCCGUGAGAAAGGAUAUGUGUGGGGGGGGGGGAUAAAUAUAAAGGGGGGGGGGGGGGGGGGGGGGGGGGGGGGGGGGGGGGGGGGGGGGGGGGGGGGGGGGGGGGGGGGGGGGGGGGGGGGGGGGGGGGGGGGGGGGGGGGGGGGGGGGGGGGGGGGGGGGGGGGGGGGGGGGGGGGGGGGGGGGGGGGGGGGGGGGGGGGGGGGGGGGGGGGGGGGGGGGGGGGGGGGGGGGGGGGGGGGGGGGGGGGGGGGGGGGGGGGGGGGGGGGGGGGGGGGGGGGGGGGGGGGGGGGGGGGGGGGGGGGGGGGGGGGGGGGGGGGGGGGGGGGGGGGGGGGGGGGGGGGGGGGGGGGGGGGGGGGGGGGGGGGGGGGGGGGGGGGGGGGGGGGGGGGGGGGGGGGGGGGGGGGGGGGGGGGGGGGGGGGGGGGGGGGGGGGGGGGGGGGGGGGGGGGGGGGGGGGGGGGGGGGGGGGGGGGGGGGGGGGGGGGGGGGGGGGGGGGGGGGGGGGGGGGGGGGGGGGGGGGGGGGGGGGGGGGGGGGGGGGCUGGGGGGGUUGGUGGGGUAG